AUGCCAGCAAUUGGAAUCGAUCUGGGAACGACGUAUUCGUGCGUCGGCGUGUGGCAGCACGGCAACGUGGAGAUCAUCGCCAACGACCAGGGCAACAGGACGACGCCUUCGUAUCAACACACGGUGUUCGACGCGAAGAGGCUUAUCGGGCGCAAGUUCGACGAUCCCAAGAUCCAAGCGGACAUGAAGCACUGGCCCUUCAAAGUGGUUAACGACUGCGGCAAGCCCAAGAUUCAGGUCGAAUUUAAGGGUGAACAGAAGAGGUUCGCUCCCGAGGAGAUCAGCAGCAUGGUGCUGACGAAGAUGAAGGAGACUGCGGAGGCAUAUCUGGGAAACACAGUGCGUGACGCCGUGAUCACCGUGCCAGCGUACUUCAACGACUCUCAGAGGCAGGCCACGAAGGACGCAGGUGCCAUCGCAGGGCUGAACGUGCUUCGCAUCAUCAACGAGCCCACGGCGGCCGCGCUGGCGUAUGGUCUGGACAAGAACCUCAAGGGCGAGCGCAACGUGCUGAUCUUCGACCUCGGCGGCGGCACCUUCGACGUGUCGAUCCUGACCAUCGACGAGGGCUCCCUGUUCGAGGUGAAAGCGACUGCCGGCGACACGCACCUGGGAGGCGAGGACUUCGACAACCGACUGGUGAACCACCUCGCGGACGAGUUCCAGCGCAACACCGAGGCCACCCUGGAGAUCGACGCUCUCUACGAGGGCAUCGACUUCUACACGCGCGUCUCCCGCGCCCGCUUCGAGGAGCUCAACUCGGACCUGUUCCGCGGCACCCUGGAGCCAGUGGAGAAGGCGCUCAAGGACGCCAAGAUGGACAAGAGCCAGAUCCACGACGUGGUACUGGUGGGCGGCUCCACGCGCAUACCCAAGGUGCAGAGCCUGCUGCAGAACUUCUUCUGCGGCAAGAAGCUGAACCUGUCUAUCAAUCCCGACGAGGCGGUGGCGUACGGCGCCGCCGUGCAAGCUGCCAUCCUAAGCGGAGAAUCUGACUCCAAGAUCCAAGACGUACUGUUGGUAGACGUGGCGCCGCUGUCUCUCGGCAUCGAGACGGCCGGUGGUGUCAUGACCAAGAUCAUCGAACGCAACUCCAAGAUCCCGUGCAAGCAGUCGCAGACAUUCACCACUUACUCUGACAACCAACCAGCGGUCACUAUUCAGGUGUACGAGGGCGAGCGCGCGAUGACCAAGGACAACAACCUUCUUGGCACGUUUGACCUGACGGGCAUUCCACCGGCGCCGCGCGGUGUGCCAAAAAUCGACGUGACAUUCGACAUGGACGCCAACGGCAUCCUGAACGUGUCCGCAAAAGAGAACAGCACGGGCCGCAGCAAGAACAUCGUGAUCAAGAACGACCGGGGCCGGCUGUCGCAGGCAGAGAUCGAUCGUAUGCUCGCUGAAGCAGAGCGCUAUAAAGAGGAGGACGAGAGACAGCGGCAGCGUGUCGCCGCCCGCAACCAGCUCGAGGCGUACGUGUUCAGCGUGAAGCAGGCGGUGGACGAAGCGGGCGAAAAGCUAAGCGAGAGUGACAAGGCCACCGCGCGGCAACAAUGUGACGACGCUCUCCGUUGGCUCGACAACAACACGCUGGCCGACCGCGAAGAGUACGAGCACCGGCUCAAGGAACUUCAGCGUGUCUGCUCGCCACUCAUGAGUAAGAUGCAUGGAGCAGCACAGGGCGGUAUGCCUGGCGGUAUGCCAGGAGCUCAACGGGAAGGCCCCACGGUGGAGGAAGUUGAU